GGUGCUCGGGGCGGUGCUCGGGGGGACCUGAAGCUGCACUGUUGGUGAGCGGCGGUUUGCCAUGAAGGAGGGUUGGACGCCCAUCGCUCAGCACUACGCGCCGCUGAAGGCGGGGAGCAUCGAUGGGACGGACGCGGAGCCCCACGACCGAGCCGUGUCGCGGGCCAUUGCCGCCAACUACCGGCCCAACAAAGGGGUGUCGGGAGACCCGCACCUGACGCUGUUUGUGGCGCGGCUCAACCCACAGACCACAGAGCAGAAGCUGAGGGACACCUUCUCCCGAUUCGGGGAUGUGCGGCGCCUCCGGUUGGUGCGGGACCUGGUCACCGGCUUCUCGAAGUGCUACGGCUUCAUCGAGUACCGGGAGGAGCGGUCACUGGUGAAGGCGCAUCGCGACGCCAACAAACUGCUGGUGGAUCAGCACGAGCUGUUCGUGGACUUCGAGCUGGAGCGGGUGCUGAAGGGGUGGAUGCCCCGCAGGUUCGGAGGUGGUUUGGGGGGAAAGAAAGAGUCGGGACAGCUGAGGUUCGGGGGCCGAGACCGGCCUUUCAGGAAACCCAUCCACCUGCCCGCCCUGUACGUGGAGGGGCAAGUGGGCAAACCGGAGCGGGCGGGGUCCAGAGAGAGAUUCAAGGAUGGUUGGCAACGGGAUCGGUACCGGUACCGGGACCGGGACCGGCAGAGAGAGCGAGAGGGAGAGGGGGGGCGAGAUGAGGGAAGGGAAAAGCGGGACGGAGAGAGGGAGAGAGAGAGAUACAGAAGCAAAGACCGAGAGCACAAGCGACACCGGGAGGGAGACAGACACCGACAUAAAGCUGAGCCGAGAUAGGGCUGAGAGGCCGAGUCUGCACUGACCGCCCACACACGGCCUCCGACCAACACCAACGGUCUCACCUGUGGCUCCAUUGGUGGAAUCCCUGCAAUGGUCACUCGCUUCACAGCUGCUGUUUGUUUACAAACAGUCACUACACUCGGCAGCAAUCUCUGUGAGACUCUCUGCAGCGUUUUGACCGAGUUGGUUUCUUUGUCGUGUAAUUUGUUUUAAUAUGUAAAGGAAAUAUUGUAAAAUGUUUGUUUUACGUUCCGGUUGGGAAUUAAAGAUAGUGCAAACUCUUGGAA